CUUCCAAGCAGUAGACAUGCUGAUUUGCUGAUAAGACUCACAAUUCUAACCUCACCUGGUUAGAUUUGCAGGGCGGUGAUAGAAUAUAUCUCGUAUCCAGAGCUUCAUGAGAGGGAUUCUAAAUUUGGUAAUCCAUGUUCUUUGGUUUUUUGGGUAUGACGUGGUUGGGUGCAAGUUUCGACGUUGGAAGCAAAUCCAAAGGGAGACGUCUCCGAUGGUCAAGAGCCUGCAUUUUAGUUGUUGUUGCUAGUGCUCCAUGGCUAGAGUAGAUUAAGAUGUCUUGGGCUCUAUCUCUCCUCUCCCAAGUUGUCGAGUGAUUUCCUGCUAAUUAACAUUGAGCAAGUUUUCUAUUCGGUGUUUAGAGUGGAGACUAGGAUUUCUGUUGUCUAGGGUACUGGGCCUUUGGAUUUCAUUUGUAAUUAGGCCUUCCACCUUGAAUUUGUAACUUGCCCGUUUUUAACGUUAAUACAAACCCAUUUAUAGUUUAAAUAAAUGUUAGGUAUCAUGAUUUAUGCAGAAUUAAUAAUCGGUUGAUUGGCUUGACCUCCCUUUGGCCGUGCCAAAAACUGUUUUACUGCAGUUUAUCCGGCUUUAAUUUCAUUUCAUUUCAUUCUUUUAUGUUUUUUUUUUUUUCUCCAUGUUCAAUCCACUCCAUGGUUUAUGAAAAAGCUUAGACAGUGAGGAGAUCAGACCGCAGACUCAGAUUUUUUAGCACUUUGCGCAAACUGAAAUUUCCUAGUAAAUGGUCAUAACUCUUCAUCUGUUUCUGUGGCGGCCUUGAAUUAUAGAAUAUGUGGAACAUGCAAUUAAAUUUUCUGUUAUGAUCAUUUUCUUUGGUAGCCAUCACCUCUGCUUUCUCUGUAAAUAUCAAUUUAUAAAAAUCAGGUUUACACGAGUAUAUAUCACAAAUGUUGCAUGAUCGUCCCUGAAUUUCAAGUUGGUGGAGGGAGAAUGAAUGUCUGCAAGCAGGGAGCUCGCCAUAUUACUAAAUAGUUACAAAAGCUUAAACCAUCUUAAGCAAAUUCACUCAUUCCUCAUCACUCGUGGUCACUCACGGGACACCUUCUUCUUUACCAAACUUCUCCGUUCCCUCACUCUCAAUCAUGGCUGCCAUCUCCUCUACGCUUCACUCCUCUUCCACCACAUGGAAACAACCAGAAUCUACCUAUGGAAUACCAUUAUCGGAGGCUUCUCUGUCAGCCCCCAACCUGUAAUGUCUCUUGAUUUCUAUACGAGAAUGCGCCGAAAUGGCGUCGAUCCGGAUAACCACACAUUUCCUUUGCUUCUCAAGUCGUUUUUACAUUUGAAAAACGAAAACCCAUUUCCGAUUUACGCUCACAUUGUCAAGUUCGGACUGGAUUUAAACAAUUUCGUGAGAAAUUCUCUUAUCACUGUUUUUGCUAACUGUGGACAUACUGGUUUUGCACGCCAAAUGUUUGAUGAGAGUGAACACAAGGAUGUUGUUACUUGGACUGCAAUGAUUGACGGAUAUGCUAGAAAUGGUUUUCCCAUCGAAGGAUUAAAAUGUUUCAAGCAGAUGAUGUUAUUGGGUGUGAAGGUUGAUGAGGUGACUGUUGUAAGUGCUCUUAGCGCAGCCGGGAUGACUAAUAAUGUUUGGUUUGGUAGAUGUGUUCAUGGGCUUUAUAUACAACCGGUAAGAGUGAAAUGGGAUGUUUAUGUUGGUAGUGCUCUUGUGGAUAUGUACUCAAAAUGUGGUUAUUGCGAUGACGCUCGUAAAGUUUUUGAUGAAAUGCCUGUAAAAAAUGUUGUUUCUUGGAGUGCGAUGAUAGCCGGUUAUGUCCAAUGUAAUAGGUUCAAAGAUGCGCUACUUCUCUUUCAAGACAUGCUAAUGGCUGAUUGCAGACCUAACCAAACUACUUUAACUAGUGUUCUUACCGCUUCUGCCCAACUGGGCGCAUUGGAUCAAGGUAGGUGGGUGCAUGAGUAUAUACAUAGGAAUUCGUUAGAGAUGAACUCAAUUAUUGCGACAGCCUUAGUAGAUAUGUAUGCGAAGUGCGGCUGUGUUGGUGAGGCAAUGCUAGUUUUCGAGAAAUUGCCUAUAAAGAAUAUCUACUCUUGGACAGCCAUGAUUAAUGGUUUGGCAAUGCAUGGGGAUGCCUUGAGCUCCUUGAAUCUCUUCUGCCGUAUGUUAAGUAGUGGUGUUCAACCAAACGGAGUUACCUUCAUCGGUGUUCUCAGUGCCUGUGCUCAUGGUUGUCUUGUAAACGAGGGAUGUGAAUUGUUUGAGCUGAUGAAGCACAGAUAUCAUGUGGAGCCAAACAUUGAUCACUAUGGUUGCAUGAUUGAUAUACUAGGUCGGGCAGGGUACUUGGAGGAAGCAAGAAAGUUGAUAGAAGAGAUGCCAAUGGAGCCUUCUCCUGGUGUAUGGGGAACUCUAUUUGGUGCCUGUAUGAUUCACAAGGCCUUUGACCUAGGGGAAUACAUAGGUAACCUUCUAAUCAGGCUUCAGCCAAAUCAUAAUGGUCGGUAUGCACUUUUGGCAAACAUGUACUCAGCAAAUUAUAGAUGGGAUGAUGCUGCAUAUGUGAGGAAGAUUAUGAAAGGGAAAGGCGUUGAGAAGAGACCAGGAUUUAGCUGGAUAGAAGUGAACGGUUCAAUUCAUGAAUUCGUUGCCUUUGAUGGAUCUCAUUCUGUGACCACUGAUUUGUAUGAGAUGUUAGACAAUAUCUUGGUUCAGUUGAAGGUCGCUGAUUAUCUUCCAGAGACCAUGCUAUAUGAUGGGGGUUAAUACUUACCACACCACAUGUUUUCCAGCAUUUUGAGAUGAUCCCUGGACUCUUAUCACAUUGACCCAGGAUCACUUCUUGAUCUUUAUUGUACAAGUCAAAUAUGCUAGGAAAAAAAAAUCUUGAUGUGAAAGUUGCUGUCUUUGCAAUAAAUUAUUGGUAUGCUUAUCCUUGUAGAACUUACGUUGUCAAUUUUCACGACACAUCUAAAGGUAUUAAAGAUUUCUGUGUUAAUAUUGUUUAUCAA